CCCAGUUCUACAAUACUCGCAUAACAAUUCGAUUUUCAUCAUAAAUUUGACAUUUGAUUUACACUGCGUAGUGAAGUUAAGAUGGGCUUCGAUCGGGAUAAUUUGGUGUGCAAUGCACGUGAGUGUUUCAAACAAAUCGAAACAACAGCGUGGAUUACCAACUGUUCGCACGUGUUUUGCGACCAUCACGGUAAGGAAAUUAAGCUCCGCCGUAAAGGUGCUGCGGCUUUCGUUUGUCCGGCCUGUGCAUCGCAUCUUCGCGAGGACGGAGGGCUUACCGAAAGAAAGCUGAACACAUCAACCAAUUUCCAGGCGUUACUGUUGUGUGGUUAUCAUCCAGAAACGGUUAUGGAAAUAGCCAACAAUGCGAUAACGUUUUGGAAUUUCCAAAAGCAGCAGAUUUGCAUUAACCUGGAGCGAAAGGUCGAAUACUACCGCGAGUCUAUCGCCAAGAUGAAGAAAACGGCCGCCCAGGAUCGGGCGGAAGCUCAAUCGAAAAUUGAAAGCCUCCAGCAGCAGCUGGAACAGGUCCUUGUGCAUAACAGUGAACUGCAGAAAGCUCCUACCAAGCGAGACAGCCGGGGAAAUCAUCCACGCCAUUGCGAAAAGAAACGUAGAAUGAACGAUUUUCUUUAAGAUGAAAAUUGUGUCUAUUCACUUCUUUUCCGGGAAUCAAAUAGGAAGCAUCGUUACGAAUUUGAAAUUUUUAGGAUUCUUCUUCAGGAAAUUUCAAUACUUACACCAGGAUAGAAAUAAAAAA